UAGCAUAUAUAGAGGUAUAAAGAUCCUACUAGAAAAGUUGUAUGAUUUAUUUAUUUAUUGGAAGAAACCUUGUGUAAAUAUAACCCUAUAGCUCUAGCUUAGAUAUAAAUUUCAUACAGAUCAGAUUUUAUCCUAUUUAUGAAAGAUUGAACUUGCAUAAAGAUUAGCGCUGUCAAACAUACAUCAGUAAUUUUGUUGAAGCCGUGGAAAUACACAAACAAAGUUAAGUUUAAGACAGGUAAUUUUAUAAUUAGAAGUGAUUCUGUACCUAUAACACUUCAACAGGGAACUUUUAAUUGUCAUACCAGUGGAAUUGACUUUUGAGUAUACAAAAACGUAAUAGAAAAAUAAAAGUGUUUUGCUGAAAGCUGUAAAUAGUUCUAAUAUUAAAGUAGUGGUGGACUUAUCUUUAUGGCACGCAAAAACAUCACUAGCAGAAUCGAUAGAAACAGGAAACCAGCUGCCACGCGAAACAUUGAACUUAAUUUUACUUUAAAUAUAAACUUUAUCGAACAAUCAUUGGAGAUGUUACUGGCAAUAUAAAUGAUUACCGUGUUUUCGCUACAUUUAGUAGUUUGAUUAUAUUGUGAGGAUGAAGUUUUAAUUUCUGGAUGUAUUUCGCGGAGAAUGUUAAAAAAUGCAGAUGCCAGUUUUUCUCACAGAGCCUCCGCAGAUGCAUACGAGUCCGUCGCCAAGGAAACAGAAGAAGCACACGAAACGAACACGACAAAAUGGUUAUAUUAGUGGGGAAAAUUUAGCACUGGAUCUUAUUUCUGAACCGGUGACCGUGAGAUCCUCGCGCCAAGAAAAACACCAUGGAAAACAACUAGAAACCUCAAGAUCAAGCGGGGAUGACACCGCCAGGCAGCCUGCCUUACUUGCCGACGUCCGUGCUGGCCUCCAGAGGGCGUACCUAGAAGGUAUCGAGUUCAUGCGACUCAAAAUCAAAGAGACAGAAGAAGAGCUCACACAGAUAAAGCUAGGAUUUUACCAGUGUGAAGAAGCAGAUGACGAAAAUUAUGAGAAAUAUCUGGUUCAAUGUAACGAACAAUUCCUGCAAGCAAACAACGAUCUGCGGAGAAAGAAUGUUAAGUUAAAAGUGGUUGACAGUGAGAUGGAGCUUGUGUCAUUAUUGAACCAGCUUCGGGACAAGAUGGAGAUUGACAAAGGUGAGAUAGCUUUUCUAUCAGAGUUCUGGGAAAACUUGAAGAGUACCAUGGAGAGUGUCAAGGUGCUCGUGAAUAAGUUCAAAACCAGUGUUGUUGAUCGUCUGCGUGGAAACUGUAUCAGUUACAAUAACGGAGAUAUUCACCUGGAUGUAUCAGCAAGGUAUACUGAAGAAGUGAAAAACUAUCUGAAUGAGCUUGAACAACAGCUUGAUAAUACAUUAAAACUAAUCCAAAGUUUCGCUAAUGGAAUACACCAGGAUUUGUUCUCUCACACAAAGUUCACGGAAGGCAUUCUUGUGGCAUGUGAUCUCAAAGCCUUUCCGAUACUUCGGCUGUUUCCGGAUCUAACGGAAAAGGUCGAGUCAAUGUGCUCGACGGCAUUUGUUUGGUUAGAUCGAGACGAGCGAUAUAUGUACGAAAUCAAAGAUUAUAUUCGAGAAACAAGAACAAUGGCAAAGAAAAGAGUUGAAGAUCUGAAAGUGCAGAAAGAGAAAAUGAAGAAAUUCGAAAAAGCCGUGAAAUCUGCAAACAUUAUGUUACAUAAUAACAAAGAAAAACUGCAAAAGUUGGAAUCGGAUCUGAACCAGUUAGAACAGACAUUCAAUGUUUAUAAACAGCAGAUGGAUUCGAAGUGUGGAGAGAAAUCUCAAAAAGAAAGUAUGGUCGACUUUCUAAAGAUAACUCUCUCGCAAACCAAGAAAAACUAUAAUCUGCAGCUGAAGAGGCAAAGGUUGUUAAAACAGGUGGAAUCUUUGGAGGACUUCCUGAAAAGCCUUGAACGGGAUUUAAGCAGUGUUCAAACUAAAAUACAAGAAAAGGCGCAGCAGAAAGACAUACUAGCAGUGAAACUAGAAACCAAUGAGAAAUCGUAUGGUGCCCUAAAAACUGAUCUUGAAAGCUUCACAGAAAACUUAGACUCACUUGAACAAGAGGUAAAUGGGCUGUCGGGGCAAUUGUUGCAACUGGAAAUCAUACAAACUUUCAAAUCCUCACCAGAGAAUCUAGAUGGAGUAUUUGACCGCCCACAAUCUGUUAAGCUAGCCCCAUCUCUUAAAGAGAAAAUUAAGAGAAAAAGAAAAAUUUUGCCGCCUGUCCAUUGACGAAAAAGAUUUGUCUUCCUGUCUGAAAUGUAGGCCAUUGAGGCUUUUUUGAUUGUGAGAAAAAACACAUCUAUCUAGGUAUAAUCGUUGCGUGUCGUAGUUUAGACAGACAACUUAAAAAGAAUUUCUCAAAACCAUUGUGUAGCAGUUUAUAGAAAUCAGUUUUUUCUCAAAGAAUUUUUGCUAGCCAGUUUUAUGAGAUACUGAAAAAGAGUAAUUGCACAAGAAGUUAAAAGCAACAAAAGAACAUGUUUGCAAUCGGCGAGCUUUUGCACGCAUUAUAAAAUCUCUAACUUCUUUGCUGUUGCUCAACUUGCAAUUUCAGCAAAAAUAUUGUCGUCCUUUUCAACUACUAAACAAACACUAGAAUGUUAUAUCAUAAAUGUGACGAGCUAUUAUUUACUUAAGAUAUGAGCUUAUUCAGCAAAAAGAAGUCAUAUAUUACUAAAACACAUGUUACUAAGUGGUACGAAAUUUUCAACGUCGGGUAUAAACUGUCGCGGUAUGUACCACUUUCUUGUUUAAGAGGAAACUGACGUUUUACGCGUGAAGUUCAAGCACUUGAUUGAGAGUCUUAGAUUCAAUGCUCGUGCACAUUGUAGAAAACAUGUCGUUCCUUUAACAGUAUAACUUUUUAGGGUUGAAUGCGCCAGAUUUGACGGCAUACAAAAUAAUCUACGCAUUUUAAUGACACUGUCUUUUUUUUUCUUAACUGCAAAACAGUUCAUUUCUUUUGACAAAGCAUUUAUGUUUGUACAUGUUUACAUUGUUGGAAAACGAUCGUACCUGUAUAUUUAUUUUCAUUGUAUUUCUUAUUCAGAAUUAUAGACAGUUCCUAGUCGGCCAAAUGUAUAUAUUUGACGAAAUCAUUUUAUUUGACAGAUGAUCCGCCUUUCGUUAUUUCAUACCAAAUGUGUUUGAUACACACAUCUGAAAACAAUUUUCUAGAUAUCUACAUUGUUUUAUUUUCAUUUUGUCCAAAUUCUUGUCCAUUUUCAAAUGCAGCUGUCAUAUUUAUUCUUAUAUGGCGUAGAAAUUGCUGCAUUCGCAAGAGGUUAAUGUAAUUAUAGAGACUAUCUGACAAAAAGAGUUUUGAUAAGUGCGCCUAACUAGUCUAGUCUCGAGACUAUCCGGCGAAAUCUUUUAACCCUAACCCUGCUAAUUUUUUAUAAUGAACUUGUCCAUCUUUCAAUUUGGACAGAACCAUUGACUGUUAAAAGGGGUGCUUACCAAAAAGAUACUGACUGAAAGGCGAACAGUGCAGAUCAUGAUCAGACUGCAAGAAUGUGCAGACUUAUCUUGAUCUGCACUGGUCGCAAGGGCAGAAUCAAUCGUGUCCAGCAUGGUAAGGGUUAAAAGGUAUGCACCAUACAAUAUUAUUGUAUUUCUUCAACAAUUUUUUGACAUUAAAGACACUGCAUUUCAAUGGUUUGUAUAAGAAGAAAAACUUUGUUUUCGAUACCUAUUUCCUUGACAUUUAUACGGAAGACUACUCCAUGGAAAACUAAGAGCAUAAGAAUAGAUUUGUACUCUGUGCUUGAACUUGUCGGUAUGUGUUUUGAGUGUGUGCAUGCGUGUGUGUUAUGUAAUUACUAUGUGUAUCAUACCUCAGAGAAAUAUACGCAAGUUGAACUGAG